GGGAAAGUACCUACAAAAUAUCCAUAUUCGUUGAAAAAGGAAGUACUGGGAUAAUCUUCAGCUGACUGUAACCUGUAAUCCAUUCAUGUAAGUAAAAUAAUGUAUCAUAUUCCUGACAACCAAGAGAACCUGUCCCUGAGACUGUCUGAGGUCCUUGAUGACAUAGGAAUGAAUGAGGAAAUGGUACUCAAGAGGAGAAGGUCAGCUCUACUGCGUGAAACUAUGAUGACAAUUACAUACAGGCUUAACAAUCCAUAACAAUCAGUCCAGUAACAUGUUUGGCAGCACUUCUGAAGGCACAACAACAGUAGGGCUUAAUCAAGAUGCAGACUUUCUAAGUUGUGAUCAUGAUUUUAAUGUGAUACAGGACUAUGCAGAAUGGGAACUUGGCUUCAGAAAUCUACUGAUGAUCCAGGAUAAUACAACAUCACCAGGUUACUGUCUUCUACAAAAGAUCAGAGAUGAUGUACCGCUUCCUGCUACACAUGUUCAAAAUGAAUGCUUUGUUAAAGAUGCAAGUGGGAGGGUGUUGUUAAAGAAUACUUUAUAUAGAGAUAUACUGCCUGCCAGUCACAUACAACAUGGUCCAUCACUGGCUGUACAGGGAAGACCUGAAACAGCAGACACUGACUAUGUUUUUGCCUUCCAUUGUAAUUCAUUGCCCUAUGAAGCAAGACCCUGGUUAAACAGACAAGGAAUAGGAAAUUGGCCCACUGCAGACAUGAAGAGAUUUGCAGCAAAUAAUGGAUGUUUUGUCGUUCCUGUUGGAAGUAAAGUCAGUCAGAAACCCAACCUUGAAUGGAGAAUUUCUACUUCACAAGCAGAGAGAUGUUUGAUGUUUAGUUUAAACAUUACACAAAUACGCUGUUAUGUGUUGAUGAAAAUGAUUCUGAAAACAUUUCUUCAUCAUGCCAGUGAAGGUCACAUUUCAAGUUUUAUGUGUAAAACAGUUCUGUUACAUUGUAUUGAAAACACACAUUCAAAUGCAUGGCAGGAAAACAAUUUAUUUACAUGUUUAUCAUGCUGUUUACAUGUACUAUACAACUGUUUACAACAAGAAAACUGCCCACAUUUCAUUAUACCUGGAAACAACCUUAUGGCAGGCCAGUUUUCACAUGAAGUCAAAGCUCUGUUGCUAGAAAGAAUGUUUCACUUAAUACAAAGUUAUGGACAAGCAUUGCUUGGGGUUCAGAUUGAUGACCUUGGUCAAAGACUGCAGAUCAAACUGAACAUGUUAUAUCAGAUAGCAGAAAAUAUUCCUUCUAAAAAGGAAAAAUGUCUCAACAUUUCAGUAGGAUUAUUACGCUGCACAGCUACAGCAAUCACUGUGUGUAGUAGUGACAUGUUACAUGUAUCAGAAAUAAUUCAAAACAGCCCUGUAACAACCAUACAAAACCUGCUCAAUGUAUUAGAAAAUUAUGAGAGAUAUUAUAGAGAAGGAAGUAAGUUAGAACAGAGAGCAAGCAGUCUUUUUACACCAUUGGUCUGCUCAACAUUGGGAACUACAAUAGCUUCCAUAAAUAUUCAGACAAACAACACUGUACCUCCAGAAGCACUAAACUGGUUGUCUGCAGGCCUGAAUUCUGAUGUUGCAUCUAGUAGACUGAAACUUGCGUCUGUGUUCUACAGUGUGGGGAAUAUGGUAGAAACCAAAUUUAUUUUAAGAGAUACCGAGGGGCAUCAUGAUUUCAAAAAAGUUGAGCCUGCAUGUGUCUGCUAUGCUUUCAAAGUAUCUACAGUAUGGAAAGGGUUUCGAGAAGUUGCAUAUCACCAAAAUGAGAAAGCUGUUAGAAGUGUUCGUGCAGUUUGUGUCAAAUUUACUCCAGCUGAGAUUCAUUGUGUUCCACAGGAACUGAAGUAUGAAAUGUAUAGAUCUACUCAAGAUGACUUGCUGCAUAGAGAUAAAUAUAAGGACUACUGGAUGGAUUGGGCAGUUGUAGACUCUCUGCCUUACCUCUAUUUUCUACAAUACAAGACCUGCAGACACCUUCAGAGGUCUGAUGAUCAGCAGCAAGCACUUGCUAAUCUUGCUAGAACAGUUGAAACAGAGGUCAACCUUGGUCACAGGGAAACAGCCCUGAAUCUACUUGGACAGUGCAUGGAACAGGAGAACCAACCUAACACAGCUUUACUCUGCUACAUGAUGUCACUGAAGGUUAGAGAAAGAAAUAAUGCAGCAAGAUUCCACAUCUGUAGACUUUUAGCAAGAUUACUGAGUAAUGAAUCAUGAAAUUAUGCUACAGUAAGAAGGUAUUCACAGGGAUCACUUUUGGCUGCGAUUUCGCGAUAUUCUCGCAUUAUUUUGGUGAAAAUCACAUAAAUUUUGCUCAAAUGCGCUUAAAAAUCGCAUCCGAGCGACUGUAGAUCUUUUGCCGAAAUUGCAACUUUUCGUUGCAAUGCGGUCUUGCCAUUACAUAAUUUUCGUAUGACGUUCAUUUAGACGCUUGAAUUUCGCUUUUAUCUCCAUAGAGCGUCCGAUGAUUAUGACUACCAGACAAAAAUAAUCUGUUUUAGUGACUUUUCAAAAUACCACUGAAACAGAAAUUUAAGCAUUUGGAAGGCCAAACUUUCUGCCUCCAUUCCGAAAAUGGUGAAUCAACAGGAAAAACAGUAAAUAUGAGUAAGUUGAAACAUCCACAGAAUUUAUGGUGUUUCUUGCACAAACAUUUUGUUUUUUAAGUGUACUCUAAUAGAAUGUGGUCCAAUUGAUGGAAUAUCAAUAAUUAAGAAACGUGCGCUUUGUAAUAAAAUGAACGUGACUACUUUGGAGUUGUACACCUGUUGACUUUAAAAGAAUAACUGGCUUUGAUGAUGAAACAAGAGCUCGUCGAACAUGAAAUGCCCCCCUUGAUGCAUUCAGUAAUUGCACAAGGAACAGAAAUUAUAUGCUCACUGUAAACAAAAGUUCUACCGUUCUGGUUCAAUCUGACCUUGACCUUUAAUCUAUUAACCUAACAAGAUAUCACAGAGUGAUCUUGGCGCCCACCACCGAGCCAUUUUUGAAUGUUCCAAAUUUCAAGAUUAGGUCAAGGUCAAAAUCAAGGUCAAAUUUCAUAUCAGUACAAAACAGUCAAAAUCAAGGUCAAAUUUUAUUUUGGUACACAAAGCUACGCAUGUGGUCCAAAUUUGAAGCCUGUACCUUUAGAAAUGUGAAAGCAGGUCACUCGGUCAAUCUCAAGAUCAAAGUUCAUUUCAGUACUAUGCAUGUGGUUCAAAUUUGAAGGCUGUAGCUUGAGAAAUAUGAAAGUAGGUCACUAGGUCAAAAUCAAGGUCAUAUUUUAUUUCGAAACACAAAACUGUGUGCAUGGUCCAAAUUUGAAGCCUGUACCUUCAGAAAUGUGAAAGUAGGUCACUAGGUCAAUUGCAAGAUCAAAGUUCAUUUCGGUACACAAAGAGAAAUGUGAAAAAAGGUCACUAGGUCAAAAUCAAGGUUAUAUUUUAUUUCUGAACACAAAACUAAGCAAGUGGCCCAAAUCCGAAGUAUGCAGCUUCAAAAAUGUGAAAGUAGGUCACUAGGUCAAUAACAAGGUCAAAGUUUGUUUCGGUUCACAAACCUAUGCAUGUGGUCCAAAUUUGAAGGCUGUAGCUACAGAAAUGUGAAAGUAGGUCACUAGGUCAAGAUCAAGGUCAACUCAUGUCAAGCUUCAUCUUGCCACUCAAAACUAUACAUGUGGUCCAAAUUUGAAUGAUGUAGGUUAUGGACAUGAAGAUUCUAAGUUUUUGCCUAUACAAGUCUUUAUGAACCAUGUGACCCCGGGGCAGGGCCAUAUUUGACCCUAGAGGGAUAAUUUGAACAAACUUGGUAGAGAACCACUAGAUGAUGCUACAUUACAAAUAUCAAAAGCCUAGUCUUUGUGGUUUGGUCAAGAUUUUCAAAGUUUUUCCCUAUAUAUGUCUAUAUAAACCACGUGACCCCCAGGGCGGGGCCAUAUUUGACCCUAGGGGAAUAAUUUGAACAAUCUUAGUAGAGGACCACUAGAUGGUGUCAUAUACAAAAUAUCAAAGCCCUAGGCCCUGUGGUUUUGGACAAGAGGCUUUUCAAAGUUUUUUUCUAUAUAAUUCUAUAUAAACCAUGUGACCCCCGGGGUGGGGCCAUAUUUGACCCCAGGGAAAUAAUCUGAAUAAUCUUGGUAGAGGACCACUAGAUUUUGCUACAUACCAAAUAUCAAAGCCCUAGGCCCUGUGGUUUUGGACAAAAAGAUCAGAAACCGUUUAACUGUUCCUGCCCAAUGUGAUCUUGACCUUUGACCUCACUAUCAAUUUUCCUGACACUAGGCCCAAGCAUUCUUGAGUUAUUGCCCGGAAACCAUUUUCCUGUUCCUGGUCACUGUGUCCUUGACCUUUGACAUACUGACCUCAAAAUCAAUAGGGGUCAUCUGCUGGUCAUGAACAAUCUCCCUAUAAAUUUUCAUGACCAUACGCCCAAGCGUCUUGAGUUAUCAUCCUUUUAACUGUUCAGGGUCACUGUGACUUUGACCUUUAACAUACUGACUUCAAAAUCAAUAGGGGUCAUCUACUGGUGGGGUGGGCAUAAAAACAAUAUACCCCUUCUUCUUCGAAGGGGGAGCAUAAUAAAAUGUAAUGCUCAAGAUCAUCAUCAAAGACCUUCGACUACUGAAUUUUAAGUUGGAGAUGUUUUGUCUGCCUUGAAAAACAAUAAUGGUAUGUGUCCGUCUAAAAUUCAACAGAAGGCGAUUUGUCUGCAUAAUAAACUCUUCAGUGUUAUGUUCGCAUAACAAACAGGAGACUUUAUGUCUGCAUGAUAAGGAGGAGGGGUUAUGUCUGCAUGAAAAACAGUCAGGGUGAGGGUUUUUGGCUGUCACCUAUCAUUGCAACUAAUCUUUAGAGUAAACUUCAUUCACUUACCAUUACAAUAGAACUUAUGAUUUUCUUUCACCUUCUACUACAUUUGAAGUGUGAACUUUGUUUCACUUAUCCAUCGUAAUACACCUUAAGUAAACUUCAUUUAACUGGUCUAUUACCAUAUCAAUUAGAUUAAACUUUAUUCACUUACCACAUUAUGAACUUUUUUUCACUUAUGACAUCAUGGACUUUAUAACUUUAUUUCACUAACUUCACCAUGAACUUUAUUUCACAUACAAUGCUAUGAACUUCAUUUCACUUAUAGCACCAUGAACUUUAUUUCAUUUUAAUUUUACUACUUCAUGGACCUUAAUUAUGAUCAUUAUUUCACAUACAACAUAAUGAACCUUAUGGAUUGUAUUUCACUCACCACAUUCUGAACUUUUUUCAUGUACCACAUCAUUGACCUUGAGUAUGAACUUUUUAUAUUCUAUAAUGUACCAUACGUACUUCACUUACCAUUACAAGAGAUCUGAAGUGAGUUUCUGUAUCUGGACUUCUUCUGCCAGAAGGAUCAAAUGCCUGAAAAGUUAAUUUAUUACAUGUUUGAUGCUGCGGGAGUGUAAUAAAGCCAUUAAAUAAAAAUGAUAAUACACUAGUGUAAGAAAGCUUUGACGUCGACGUCAUUUACAGUAUAGAAGAUGUUGGUCAAAUUGACUUGUUUAUAUAGUAAAAGAAAGUAGAUUUGUUGAUGUUUCGACAGAAAAGGAUUACAUGUGAUAAAAAGAAUAUUACAUUUGUGACUUUCCAGAUUGAAUUUAUUAAACUCGUUGAAUAAAAUUGAUAAAAUGCUCGGCAGAGCCUCGCAUUAUAUCAUUUUAUUCAACUCGUUUAAUAAAUUCAAUAUGAAAAGGCACUCAUGUAAUAUCCUCUAUUUAAUGAUUUUACUACAUAUCAGCAUUCAGGAACAAAAUAACAUGUGUAUUACUUAAGUACUUGUAUUAUGAGGAUUACUGACUUUUUAACCAUAAUUCUGGGAGUUGUUACUGCAAAACCUUUGGCACAGUUACAGAUCUGUUCUUUAAAGAUUCUCUUUUUGGAUUGAAUAUGAAGUUGAAUAGUUGUAGACAGUAUUGGACAAUUGGAGUUAAUGGAAUGAAAAUGUUUCAGCUGGUGAAAACCUGAAAUACUGCCUUAUAUGUAAUGGAAAGGAAAAUGCUAUUAAAAACAGAAACUGUUUACAUGUGAGAAGAUAGAACGGUAAUGAAAAUGCAGUAUAUGGUUGUUACUGUUUACUCUUUGCAAGAUCUAUGCAUGAUAAGAGUGAUAGUUUAUACCUAUGUUGUUCGUAUAUGUGUAGGAAAAACAUGUAUUUAAUAUGAAAAGUAAGUAAGAAAAGAUUUUAUCUGUAAAUCUGUUCUAGAAAUGAAUUACUUUUGUACAAAUCAGUCUAAAUUCAAGUAUUUCAUUGUUCCGUUGUGUAUUAUGUAAGCCUAUUAUACUGUAAAAAGAAACAAAAGAUGUCAAGUGAAAAUAAUGUAAAGAUGUAAUGAUUAAAAGGUGUGAUUUUUGUUACAACUUCAGUAUAGUAAACAAAAUUUUUUCUCAGAAAUGAAAAUUUAGAAAAUUUAAGUGAAUUUUGAAAUUAUAUAACUAUCUGUAUCCAUUAUGCUACAGUGUAUAUUACAACUUGUACAGAUGUAAGAAUUUAACAAAAUUUGUCUAUGAAAUUUAUUUGUCAUUUUUCAUGAAAUUUGUCUACAAGUUUGCUUCAGUUUCUGGUUCUCAUACUUGAAGACCAAUUUAACUGGUGAUAUAUUUAUACUGUCUAUACCUUAAAACAGGUUUGACAUACCCUUAUGAUGGCUGAUGAAAUUGAUAGAGUAAAUAUUGAUUUUUUUUUAAAUUACAGAUGGAAAUUCAAAUUAAAUACAAAUUUAAAGUAUAUCUAGUGAUAUUUUGAGAAGUUAUUGUUCAGGACUUUUUCUAAGUUGCAAAUUUUUGACAGAUCUUGCAGAAAUAUUCCAACUCUUCAGUCAUAUUUAAACUUUUGUUUAAACUUAAUAAGUUCUGAAUGAUUGUUUUCACCAAAACUGCAACUGAAAUGUCUAAAAUGUAGAAAAAAAUGGCCGAAAAAAAAAUUGUGACAUCUUAUUCUAAUGGUGUAAAAAAUCUGUAUCAACAAUUUAUUAAUACUUUAUUCAAUAAAUCUUAUGCAUCUAUAUAGUAUGUGUUUUUUAAGGCUUUUACUUACAAACACAUACAAUAUACCAGCAGAAUCAUA